CCAACUGGUUCCAGCAGAAGCUUACCUGGGUCAGAUCCGACGUCCUCAGAUGCACGAAGACCUCUCCCAUUAGGCAGAAAACCGCGGACCCUCCAAGAUGGCAGAAGCCCACCAGGCUGUGGCCUUCCAGUUCACAGUCACCCCCGAGGGAGUGGACUUCCAGCUGAGCUGCGAAGCCCUCAAGCAGAUCUACUUGUCCGGCGUCUCCUCCUGGAAGAAACGCUUCGUCCGUCUCAAGAACAGCAUCUUGACGGGGGUGUAUCCUGGAACCCCUUCGGGCUGGCUGGCGGUUGUCAUAGCAACAGUGGGCUCCAUGUACUUCCGCGUGGAUGUGUCCGGGGGGCUGAUCGUCUGCAUCCGAGAACGCCUGCCUGACGGCUGCUACUUGAGCCUCCGCACCCGCACCCUGCUGAGCGCCAUCCUCUUCUCCACCGGCGUCUGGGUCUCGGGGGUCCUGCUCUGCCGGCAGACCCUCAAGCUGUUUCUCUCCCACCACGGAUGGAUGUUUGAGCCUCACGGCCGGACCAGCCGCACCACCAAGAUCUGGGCGGCCGCGGUGAAAGUGCUGUCCGGUCGCAAGCCCAUGCUGUACAGCCUCCAGACCUCGCUGCCCAAGCUGCCAGUGCCCAAGGUGAAGGACACCAUUCAGAGGUAUCUGGACUCUGUUCACCACCUGAUGGAUCCCGAGAGGUACAGGCAGAUGGAGGCCCUGGCCAGAGAGUUCCAGAAGAAAACGGCCCCCCGGCUCCAGAAGUACCUGGUCCUCAAGUCCUGGUGGGCCACCAACUACGUGAGCGACUGGUGGGAGGAAUACAUCUACCUGCGGGGAAGAGGCCCCAUCAUGGUGAACAGCAACUACUACGUCAUGGACUUCCUGUACGCAAAGCCCACCCCGCUCCAGGCCGCCCGGGCGGGCAAUGCCGUGCAUGCCAUCCUGUUAUACAGACGCAAGCUGGACCGCGAGGAGCUCAGGCCCGUGAUGGCGCUCGGCGUGGUCCCCAUGUGCUCCUACCAGAUGGAGAGGAUAUUCAACACCACUCGCAUUCCGGGCAAGGAGGCAGAUUCCCUCCUGCACGUGUCGGAGAGCAAGCACCUGGCCGUCUACCACCAAGGCCGCUUCUACAAGGUGUGGCUGUACCACGGGGGGAAGCUGCUGAGCCCCUGCGACCUGGAGCUGCAGUUCCAGCGCAUCCUGGACGACCCUUCGAAGCCCCAGCCCGGCGAGGAGAGGCUGGCGGCCCUCACGGCUGGGGACAGGCUUCCGUGGGCAGAAGCGCGAGCCAGGUACUUCAGCCACGGGAGGAACCGGGCAGCACUGGACUGCAUCGAGAGAGCGGCCUUCUUCUUGACCCUGGACGAAGACACGUGUGGCUACAACGCCAAGAACGAGAACAGCCUGGACGAGUUAGCCAAGAGCCUCCUCCACGGGCAGUGCUACGACAGGUGGUUCGACAAAUCCUUCACGCUGGUGGUAUACCGCAACGGCAAGCUGGGUGCCAACGCCGAGCACUCGUGGGCCGAUGCCCCCAUCGUCGGGCACCUUUGGGAGUUCAUGCUGGCCACCGACCAGUUCCAGUUGGGCUACAGCCACAGCGGGCACUGCCAGGGGGUGCCCAAUACGGCCCUGCCUCCGCCCCAGCGCCUGCAGUGGGACAUUCCUGCAGAGUGCAGGCUGGUCAUAGACGCCUCCUACAGCGUGGCCAGGGCCCUGGCCGACGACGUGGACUUCCACUGCUUCCGCUUCACGGACUUCGGCAAAGGCCGCAUCAAGAAGUGCCGGACCAGCCCCGACAGCUUCGUCCAGAUGGCCCUGCAGCUGGCACACUUCCGGGACAAGGGCUACUUCUGCCUGACCUACGAGGCCUCCAUGACCCGGCUCUUCCGGGAGGGCCGCACGGAGACGGUGCGCUCCUGCACCCGCGAGGCAACGGCCUUUGUGCACUGCAUGGAAGACCCAGACGGCAGUCCGUCCGAGUGCCUGAAGCUCUUCCGGGAAGCCGCUGAGAAGCACCAGAACCUGUACCGCCUGGCCAUGACCGGGGCUGGCAUCGACCGGCACCUCUUCUGCCUCUAUGUGGUGUCCCGCUACCUGGGGCUGGACUCACCCUUCCUGGCCCAGGUGCUGUCCGAGCCCUGGCGCCUCUCCACCAGCCAGACUCCGCAGCAGCAGAUCAGGAUGUUUGACCUGGAGACGAAUCCGGAUCACGUUUCCCCCGGCGGUGGCUUUGGGCCGGUGGCCAACGACGGCUACGGAGUCUCCUACAUCAUCGCCGGAGAGCACCUCAUCACCUUCCACGUUUCUAGCAAGCACUCCAGCCCGCAGACGGACUCCAAGCGCUUUGGGAGGAACAUCCGCCAGGCAUUGCUGGACAUUGCGGCCCUCUUUGACACCCCGCCCAGGAAAAUGGCCAACUGAGGGGGGGGGCCCUCACACCCCAUGCCACUGAAGACGGCCCCAGCAAGCUGCCCACUGGCCACAGAGCACCCAGCACACGGAGGGAGAAGGUGGUUCCUGGACCCCAGGUCAGACUCCAGCCUCUCUACACGUCUGUGCCCUGCCCAGGACCCCCCCCCCACAGUGGACCCCGGAGGAUGUGUGGGGAGGAGGGGGGGGGGAGAGCUGAUGUGAUGUCAAAGGAUAAAAGAGGAUAAUUUCUGGCUGCCUCUGGUGUGUGGAUGGGCAGGUGAUGGAUGGGUCUCUCUCCGUGGUCUCC